AUGCGGGGCGAAUCCCCUUCUCAGCUCCCUGAUCUAAAUCCUCUGGCCCUCACAUGCCGCAUCAGAGAGGGCGAUGACAACGAGUGGACCAUACAGCGGAAUGCAUGGCCCUCUAAAAAUAUCCCCACCAAACAGCGAGUGUACUUGGUCAAUGUCCUUGCCGUAACCCUCCACGCCGGCGAGGUUGCCUCGAUCAGCGAUGCGGAUGUUCCCAGACUGCAAGAGACGACCAUUCCUGGCUACGAAUUUGCCGGUGUUAUAAUCGGCCCACCUAACUCUGGCGGCAAGUUUGCUCCGGGAGACAGUGUUUAUGGCAGAACCAGCUUCGGACGCGUUGGUAAUGCUCGUACUUUUAUGUUCGUCAAGGAAAAUGAGCUGGCCAAGAUGCCAGCCGAGAUACAGUGGAGCCAUGCUGCUCGCAUCCCUCUGGGGGGCCUUAUUGGAUACCAAGCUCUGUUUUCGACGGAUACCAUUCAAAAGCCCAGCAUCACCGAUGGAUGGGGAAGCGAACGUGGGGAAGCAUACCAAAGAAACAGCAAAAGGACAGUUCUCAUCACCGGUGCGGGAUGCAUGGCCGGGUUGUGGGCAAUCGAGCUCGCCAAACUGGCAGGGAAUACGGAAGCAGGACGCCUGGAAAAUUGCCAAGAAGCCGAUACACCCAAGGUCGACAUGAUAAUCGACUUCGUUGGCAACGGUUUGCUUUCAAACGCUUGGUGGAUGCUCAAGAAGAAAGGAACCUUUGUCAGCAUGGUCGAUGAUGCACUCGCUUGCAAACCUCCUGCAACCGGCAACCAGGUCCGGCUCGUCAAUUUCCGCCUCAAGUCUGAUCCCGAAGCCCUCGAGGUCAUCACCACGCUUAUCAACGAUAGGAAAAGCGCGCUGAUCAGAGAGAUAAAUCAGAUCUUCGACGAAAGAGACGAGUUUGAUAUAUAUGACCACCCAACAGCCUUGCAACAUGUGCGAGGAAACUCGCGUGGCAUUGUUGUCUUGAAAAUACCCCAACUCCCUAUCGACAACCAGACCCUGGUUUGGGAGCGCUUUUUUGAGAGAGUAGGAAAUGCUGAACAAUCCGACAACGGGCAAGUGACGCAAGAGUCUGACGUCGAGGACGAUCGGCCAUCUCGGUUGAGCGCGUGGUUGAGAGAGGAUGGCCCUAGCUCAGAGAAGAAGCGAAGAAGGAAGUUGGAGCUCAUGAUCCAAAGGGAGAACAGUAGUGAUUCGGAAGGCCAAGACAGCAGCGGGGAAGAGGACGAUGAAAGCCAAUGA